UCUGAGCCCUGACAAGUGUGGGGUGGGUUGACGAUACAGCCUCACUUUGAGAAGAGGCUCUGUGGGUUUAUUAGAGACGCAGAGGAAGUACUGUAACGCCGGUCCGCUGAGACACACAAGAGCGCUGUCAGGAUGCCAGAACCUGCUAGAAAAGCAGUUUCCGCUUUCACAAAAAAGCCGAGGACAGCGGAGACGACCGUGGGCUCGUCCGUUGUUUUUGAGGCGGAGACUGAAAAGGUGGAUGCGAGGGUGCGGUGGCAGCUGGGCUCUGCCGACAUCACGGCCAGUGAGAAGUACGUGAUAACUGCCGACGGGAGUAAGCACUCACUCACCGUCAGCAACGUCACCACGGAGGACGACGGCGUCUACGCUGUGAUCGCCGGCACGUCGAAGGUCAAAUUUGAGCUGAAGGUGAAAGAAGAAACAGUGAAGGAUGGUGCAGCUUCAGACCCAGCACCAGCUGAAGCUCCUGGUCCAGCCUCCAAAGAAGCUCCAUCCCAGAAUGGAACACAGGACCAAGGGGAACCUGCAGGACACGAUGAAUCGGAUCUGGCUGAGAAUCACCAGCCAGACACGCGGCAGGAUCUGACUGGGCUCUUCUUGGAAAAGCCACAGAGCGGGGAGGUCACUGUGGGUGAAAAUAUAACAUUUGUGGCCAAGGUGGGCUCAGCCAACCUGCUGAAGAAGCCAAACAUCCGCUGGUUUAAGGGCAAAUGGAUGGAUCUGUCAAGCAAAAUAGGGAAGCACCUGCAGCUGAAGGAGCAGUACGAUCGUAGCACGAAGGUGUUCACCUUUGAGAUGCAGGUUAUUGAAGCCAAGGCCAACUUUUCUGGAGCUUUCCGAUGCGAGGUCUCCUCCAAGGACAAAUUCGACAGCUGUAACUUCAACCUAAUCGUACACGAGGCUCGUGUCGUAGAAGAGUUUGACAUUCGUGCAGCUUUCAGACGCACGAGCAUAGAUGCCGGUGAGACCGCAGGGGAGCUGGACUUCAGUGGUUUGCUGAAGAAGCGGUAUGUGUAUGCUGUCAUUCAUAGUGCGGUCCAAGCAAGCACUGAGCCUGACGUAGAUGUGUGGGAUAUACUUCAGAAAGCACCACCCUCAGAAUAUGAGAAGAUCGCUUUCCAGUAUGGCAUAACUGACCUGCGUGGGAUGCUAAAAAGACUCAAGAAGAUGCGGAAGGAGGAGAAGAGAAGUGAGGCUUUCCUCAGGAAGCUGGACCCUGCCUACCAGGUAGAGAAAGGACAUAAGAUCAAGCUUGUGGUGGAAGUGGCCAACCCCAAUGCAGAGGUGAAAUGGCUGAAGAAUGGGCAGGAAAUUCAUCCGACCGGGAGCAAGUACAUUUUUGAGAACAUUGGGAAUAAGCGGUUCCUCACCCUUAAUCACUGUUCGCUGGCCGAUGAUGCCGCUUAUACCUGCAUGAUCGGCGACGAAAAGUGUGUGACGGAAUUGUUUGUCAAAGAGCCCCCGAUCUACAUUGUGCGUAACCUGGAGGAUCAGAUGGCGAUGAAGGGCGAGCGGGUGGAGUUUGAGUGCGAGGUGUCCGAAGAGGGAGCCCAUGUCAAGUGGGAAAAAGAUGAUGUGGAGCUGACAAGGGAUGAAUCGUUCAAGUACCGCUUCAAGAAGGACGGGAAGAAGCACGUGCUGAUCAUUAAUGACGUCUCUAAAGAGGAUGCCGGACACUACAGGGUGAAGACAAACGGGGGACAGUCUGUUGCAGAACUCAUGGUUCAAGAGAAGGAGCUGGAGGUGUAUCAAAGCAUUGCAGACCUGACAGUGAAGGCCAAAGAGGAAGCUGCGUUCAAGUGUGAGGUCUCUGAUGAAAAUGUGAAGGGCACCUGGUACAAAAAUGGCAUGGAGGUGAAGCCUAAUGCACGGACUCACAUCACACACAUUGGCAGGAUUCACAAGUUGACGAUUGAUGACGUGACAGCCGGGGAUGAGGGCGACUACACAUUUGUUCCAGAAGGAUAUGCCUUCAACCUGUCUGCCAAGCUCAACUUCCUGGAGGUCAAGAUUGACUACGUACCUCGACAAGAUCCACCAAAAAUCCACCUGGACUAUACAGGCAGCACAAGUGAAUCGACCAUCGUGGUAGUGGCAGGAAACAAGCUGCGAUUGGAUGUUCCCAUAACGGGUGACCCCGCCCCCACUGUGGUGUGGACCAAGUCUGAGAAGGUGAUCUCAACAGCAGACGGCCGGGUCCACGUGGAGAGCGUGAGGGGUCACUGUAUCUUCACCAUCGAAGGGGCGGAGCGGCAGGAUGAGGGCGUGUACUCGGUGAUUGUCCGCAACCCAGCAGGGGAGGACACUGCCGACAUUACCGUCAAAGUCGUCGAUGUUCCAGACCCUCCCGAAGCACCCAGAAUCCUCAGUGUUGGGGAAGACUCCUGCAUAGUGCAAUGGGAUCCUCCUCUGUUUGAUGGGGGCAUGCCUGUCUUAGGGUAUGUCCUUGAGAGGAAGAAGACUAAGAGCUACAGGUGGAUGCGGCUGAAUUUCGAUCCCUACACCGAGCUGACCUAUGAGGCCAAGAGAAUGAUUGAGGGCGUGGCCUAUGAAAUGAGAGUCUAUGCAGUCAAUGCGAUUGGCAUGUCCCGCCACAGUCCCGCCUCCCAGCCCUUUGUGCCAAUCGCUCCAACCAGUGAACCGGUUGGCCUGUGCAUAGAAGAUAUCAGUGACACCACCAUUACCCUGAAGUGGAGAUCACCUGAGCGCCUGGGGUCAGCCAAGCUUGAAGGCUAUGGGGUUGAGUACUGCAAAGAAGGAUCUGAGGAGUGGGUUCCAGCCCUCCAGGAGCUGACGGAGCGAACCUCUGUGGUCAUCCGCGACCUGCCCACAGGCGAGAAGAUGCAGUUCCGUGUGCGUGCCUACAACCCAGCAGGCCCCAGCGCCCCCGCCACACUGGCGCAGCCUGUCACCAUCCGGGAGAUCAUGCAGCGGCCCAAAAUCUGGAUUCCUCGCAACCUUCGUCAGACUCUGAUGAAACGCGUAGGGGAGGCAGUGAACUUAGUGAUUCCAUUCCAGGGAAAACCUAGACCAAAAGUCACCUGGACAAAAGGGGGAGAGCCUCUCGAUACGAAACAAAUCAACAUCCGAAAUAGUGACGCCGACACCAUCAUGUUCAUCCGUAAGUCAGACCGCGGAGACUCGGGGAAGUACGAGCUCAAGCUGCAGAUUGAGAAUGUCGAGGACACUGCCAUCAUCAACAUCCAGGUCGUCGACUUUCCUAGCCCACCUCAGAACUUAAAAAUCAUGGACAUAUGGGGCUUUAACGUAGCCCUGGAGUGGAAACCUCCGAAAGAUAACGGCAACUGCGACAUCACAGGCUAUACAAUCCAGAAAGCGGAAAAGAAGACAAAGGAGUGGUUCACUGUGUUCGAGCUGCACCGACGCACCAACUGCGUGGUGUCUGACCUGGUCAUGGGCAAUGAAUACAUCUUCCGUGUCUAUGCUAUCAACAUGGUGGGUCAGAGCCAGGACGCUUGCAACUCCCAGGACAGUGCUUACAUCCAGAAGACUGGGAUGUUGUACAAGCCGCCUGUAUAUAGGGACCACAAUUUUGCAGAGGCGCCCAAAUUCACACAUCCGUUGGUGAACCGCUCGGUGAUCGCCGGAUAUAACGCCACCUUGACCUGUUCCGUGCGAGGAAUCCCCAAGCCCAAAGUGACUUGGUACAAGAACAAAAUGGACAUCUCCAAUGAGGCCAAGUAUCGGAUGUUCAGCAAGCAAGGUGUCCUAACGCUGGAGAUCCGAAAGCCGUGCCCCUUCGACGGAGGUGUUUACACGUGCAUAGCGGUCAAUGACAGCGGGGAAGACACGGUGGAGUGCAAGCUGGAGGUCCGCCCUCAAGUCGCCAAAGCCGAAGCAAAGACCUGAAGAGAUACUCGAGAGCAGGGAGGCAUCCCCGGACUGCGUCCCGCAUCACAAAGGUGGAAUCCCACUCGUUUUGCUUCCUGCAUUUUUUCCGUACAUUUGUACGGAUAUUGAUUUUGUGACUGAAAUGUGUAAAAUGAAUUUGAAAAAAAUUACAUUUAUUAAACCGCUUUCUGUAUAUUAUUGUUAGAAUCUUAAUUUAGUCACUUUUGCACAUUACUGAGUACGCUUUGUAACUAAUGUAUUUGAAAAAUCUAUAAUACAUUUGAAGCUCAAACACUGGAUAUGUAAACUGCUUUUGCCAUAACUCUGAUACUUUUUCUAGGAUAGACCAGAGUAAACUGAAAACCUGUGAGGUAAAUUGUAAUAUAUAUAUAUAUAUAUAUAUAUAUAUAUAUAUAUAUAUAUAUAUAUAUAUAUAUAUAUAUAUAUAUAUAUAUAUAUAUAUAUAUAUAUAUAUAUAUAUUGUAUAAGUUACCUUAAGAGUUAGAGCUAGGAUUAAGGUUAGAGUUGCUAUAACCUUUAUGAUAACCUAACUGUAGCUCUAGCCCUAUCUGGACCUCGAUUCCAAAUCCAGGCCUUGUUUUCAGCUCUCCCAUGUACUUAGUGUAAUAAUUACUGAUUCUGAUUGGCCAGAGGCUUCACACCUCUAAUGGAUUGGCUAGAAGAUCAGCAGGGCUCAAACAUUGAGGACCGUGAUUUGAAUAGCUGUGCCUUACGGCAAUCCUAAACUUAAACCUAGCUCUAACCUAACUGGAAUUCAGUUCAAUUUAUUUGAGAUGAAAAAAACUCAUUGUUUGUGGCUAAAGCUACUUUGUUGCAUAUGUUGCUGUAUCUUUACAUAUAAAUAAAAAUACUGCUGUUCA